AUGGCGCCCAGAUUCCAGGUGAAGUCGAACAUGAAGAGCCUGGAGCAUGAGUUGCAUUGCCCUGUGUGUAAGGACAUCGUCAAGCAGCCCGUGGUCCUGCCAUGCCAGCACAGCGUCUGUCUCAUGUGUGCCUCCGAGGUCUUAGUGGCAAACGGCUACCCACCUCCAGAGCUUCCCCCAGAGCCCAACUCCCCAGCAUCCACACCCAACACCCGCUCACCUCGUCAGGCACGCAGGCCUACACCCAAAGCCGAGCAGCGACCCAUCGACCGCGUGCUGCGAUCAGGUCCUCAUCCACCUUCGCCGUCAAUGCCCCGGUCUCCUGGAUAUGGGACGUAUCCCGGGCGACGCCGUAAGGAAGGUCCACCCCUGGUCAUGAUGUUUCCCUGUAUCCCCUGUGGGCGAGAUGUUGAGCUGGGAGACAAGGGCCUUACCGACUGUCUGCGCAACCUCACUUUAGAGCGCAUAGUGGAGCGGUACAGACACACAGUGAGUCUGGGCAGUGUGGCUGUGAUGUGCCAGUUUUGUAAGCCUCCUCAAACUCUGGAAGCCACGAAAGGCUGCGCUGACUGCAGGGCCAAUUUCUGCAAUGAGUGUUUCAAGCUCUAUCACCCAUGGGGAACGCCACGGGCACAACAUGAACAUAUCCAGCCAACACUCAACUUCAGACCAAAGGUACUAACCUGUCCAGAACACGAUCAGGAGAAGCUGCAGUUCUAUUGCAGGUCCUGUCAGCGGCUGCUCUGCCCUCUCUGCAAACUGCGUCGCUGCCACACCGGCCACAAAAUCCUCCCCGUGGCUCAGGUCCAAGCACUGAAGGAGAAGAUAACAAAGGAGAUGACUACAUUCUGUCCAACCAGGACACAGUUUCUGGCUCAGAUUACACAGCUGGAGAGCGGCAUCACUCAGACUGAGGGAACAGCGGUGUCGGCCAGAGAGCAGCUGGCUCAGAGCAUCAGGGAUCUGACGGCGGCUCUGGCCGAGCGACACGCCUCGCUCACCCAGGCUCUGGAGGCGGCGCGACAGAAGCGAGGCGAGGCGUUGGCCGCUCAAGUGGCGGAGAGACGUGGCUUGAUGGAACAUGCAGGGCUCAUGGCUUUUACCCAGGAACUCUUAAAAGAAACCGAUCAACCCUGUUUUGUGCAGGCUGCUCGCCAGAUUCACAACAGGCUGAGUAAAGCGAUUGAGAAUCUCCAGCAUUUCACUUUAGCAGCCGAUCCGUCCUUCAGACACUUCCAGCUGGACGUCUCCAAAGAACUCAAGCUCCUGACAGAGUUGAACUUCAUCCAGGCUCCCCAGGCCCCAGUGAUUGAUACCCAGCGCACUCUGGCCUACGACCAGCUCUUCCUGUGCUGGCGGCUGCCCCAGGAGUCUGCACCCGCCUGGCACUUCUCUGUGGAGUACCGCCGGCGGGGUGUGGUGCCAGGAGGGGCGUCCAGAGGGGGGAUCAGAGGGGGACUGUCGGCCGCCCGCUGGGGCUGGCAGCGGCUGGACGAAGUGAGCGGGAGCAGCGCUGUGAUCGACAGGCUGGAGAUGGACAGCGUGUACGUCCUCCGGGUGAGAGGCUGCAACAAGGCGGGCUACGGCGAGUACAGCGAGGAGGUGUACCUGCACACCCCUCCUGCUCCAGUGCUGAACUUCUACCUGGACUCCCGCUGUCUCCAUGCCGACCGGCUGGUGGUCAGCAAAGAGCAGCGCUGUGCUCGCAGCGUCCCCGGCCUGUCGCUGCUGCAGGCCGCCGACCACGCCCUCACUUCCUGCCACCUGACUUCUGACCUCCUGGUGGGGGACGUAGCCAUCACACAGGGACGGCACUACUGGGCAUGCUCAGUAGAGCCUGGGUCUUACCUCGUAAAGGUGGGAGUGGGUUUGGAGUCCAAACUGCAGGAGUGGUUUCACCUUCCACAAGACAUGGCGAGUCCACGCUACGACCCUGACAGCGGACACGACAGCGGGGCAGAAGACGCCCUGGACUCUGCCCCGCCCUUCUGCUUCCUCACUAUGGGGAUGGGUAAGAUCUACCUGCCCCAGCACAACUACCACCACCACGGUAGCCACGGCAACAGCGCCCGAGACCCCAUCACCAACGGCAACGGGCCCUCCUCGCCCUCGGGCCUCACCUACCCGCUGCCCCGGCUGGGCGUGUGCCUUGACUUUGAGAAGGGGCGCGUCACCUUCUACGACGCCCACUCCCUGCGGCCCCUGUGGGAGGGCCACGUGGAUUGCUCGGGCCCCGUGUGCCCGGCUUUCUGCUUCAUCGGCGGCGGGGCCCUGCAGCUUCAGGAGCUGGUGGCCAACCGGAACGCCGAUCAGACGCCGGUCAGACGGGUGACCAUCCAGCCCCGGGUCUCCAACUUAAACAGCAACUGACGCCUGACGCGAGGCUGUGAUUGGGAAUGUAUUUGGUAAUUGUGAAGUAUUUACUCAGCUAGAGCGAAAGAGUUAGACAUCUCAGCGAUUUUGUUUUGUAUUUCAUUUUUCUUGUAUAAUGAAGACGUUUCUAUAGCAACAAAUAUGCAAUGUAAUUAUGUUUCUUACAUUUUUGUUAUAUGCAGUUUUGCAAGGAUUAUUGCUUCAGUCGUGUCUGGGGUGUCCAGCACUUGAUCUGUAAUUAUAUCUUUGACGCUUGCACUUGUAGCCAGGCUAUAUUGCAUACAUUUAUAAAAGCUUAUGUAGAUACGGCACCACACGAUUUUGUCCUUCCUGUAGAAGCUUUUCUUGUCCUUAAUGUUUCUCUUUUGUCUUAGAGAUAUGAUGAGCAUAAUGUGAGUACAAAAAAAAGAAGCCGAGAGUAUUUUAUUGCAUCUAUAACUAAAUCUGUGUUUAACCACAGCUAAUGCUAGUCAUUCAGCCAUUAUGAUCCCAACCAAAGUUGUUGUUUUUCUGGGAUGUAAAUGUGCUAAAUUAGAGGUAGAGAGGAACAAUGAGGCAAUACUGUAAUUAGAAGCUCCAAUUAUACCUCCGAUGCACAGCUAAUCACUAGUUUCCACAGUUCUGUUUGUGCAUUGCUGUUUUGUGUUUCAAAUCCGUGAGUCUGAUGAUGUCUGUGUGUUCAUCCUCUGUGUGGUUUGACUGAUAACAGCACCGACUGGCUGACAGUAUAAAGUCGUUUCCUCGCGAACAAUACUUUUUUUUUUUUUAAACCUUGCUUGAUUGUAAGUUAAUGAGCCGCGCUUCUUCUGAAAAGAACAGCAGAUUAACUCUGUGUAAACUUCACCUGCUGGCAGAAUGUUUGCAAAAGAAAAACGGAUUAAGGAAAUAAACGCUGAAUAAAUUCAGAUUGUUUGAAUUACAAAACAAA